UCGUUUCCUUCUUUAAUAUGCUACGGCCUCGUAGUUCUCUCACUACUCCCCACUGAGCUCAGCCCUCUCUCUGUCUCUCUGUCUCCGCUUCGAUGGCGGUCACCGCGUCUCACCCGUUGCUUCUUCUUCUCCUCCUCUCUCUCCGCCUCCUCGCCGUGGCAAAUGGCGCUUCGAAGCCACUAGCGUACCAAACCCUCGUUGUCACCCCCCUCGCGAGCUCCAAACCCCUCCUCUCGGAGGACGCCGACGACGGCGACGAAAACCUCGCCUCGGCAGUGGAAUCUGAGACGACUCUCUCCUCUUCCCCUUCCUCUUCUCUCCAUGUCCACCUUUCCCACCGUGACUCCCUCCUGGCUGACACCACCGCCGCGGAGCAGAUCUUUCUUCUCCGCCUCGACCGUGACGCUGCUCGAGUCGAGACACUCUCUCAGAUCCUCGCAGUGGCGACGGCGCCGCCGGCUGCGAACGUGACCAGCCGACGGGGGUUCAGUAGUAAGGUGGUGUCCGGCCUUGCCCAGGGCAGCGGCGAGUACUUCGCUCGGAUUGGGAUUGGCACGCCCGCGAGGUACGCCUACAUGGUGCUCGACACCGGUAGCGAUGUCGUCUGGCUCCAGUGCGCUCCCUGCCGCCGCUGCUACUCCCAGUCCGACCCCAUCUUUGACCCCCGCAGUUCCCGCUCUUACGCUGCCAUCCCCUGCGGUGCCCCGCUUUGUCGCCGCCUCGAUGUCGCGGGGUGCGACACCCGCCGCCGUAGCUGCCUCUACCAGGUCUCCUACGGCGACGGAUCCAUCACAACCGGCGAGUUCUCCACCGAGACCCUCACUUUUCGAAGAAGUGCCCGAGUGCCGCGCAUCGCCCUCGGGUGCGGCCACGACAACGAGGGUCUCUUCGUCGCCGCCGCGGGUCUCCUCGGUCUCGGGCGGGGAAGCCUCUCCUUCCCGUCUCAGGCCGGCCGACGGUUCGGCCGCAUGUUCUCGUACUGCCUGGUGGACCGUACCUCCGCCGGCGCGCCGAACCGGUCAUCUUCGGUGGUGUUCGGCGGCUCAGCGGUGCCCAGGUCCUCCGCGCGGGUCGCGUACACGCCCAUGGUGCGGAACCCCAAGGUCGACACUUUCUAUUACGUCGAACUCAUGGGGGUGAGCGUGGGCGGGACGCGAGUGACCGGAGUCUUGGCGUCCGACCUCCGGCUGGAUCCGACGACGGGGAGGGGAGGGGUGAUCGUGGACUCGGGCACAUCAGUGACGCGGCUGGCGCGGCCGGCAUACCAGGCUCUGCGCGACGCCUUCAAGGCGGGGGUUUCGGGCCUGAAGCUGGCGCCGGGAGGCUUCUCCCUCUUCGACACAUGCUACGACCUGUCCGGGCGGACGGAGGUGAAGGUGCCGACGGUGGUGUUGCACCUCGCCGGCGGUGCGGCAGUGUCGCUGCCGGCGGAGAACUACCUCAUCCCGGUGGACACCAAGGGCACCUUCUGCUUCGCCUUCGCCGGGACCGACAGCGGCGUUUCCAUCAUCGGCAACAUACAGCAGCAAGGGUUCCGGGUGGUGUUCGACGCGGAGAAGUCGAGGGUGGGGUUCAUGCCGCGCGGGUGUUAGCAGCGGCAGGGAGCAUGGCGUCUCCGUUCGGUGGCCCUCGAGGAAAUGAGACCGGCGCACUGUAGCGGCAAGAGAGAGAAACCGGCAAAAAUCAUGCUUUCUUUUUCCCCCUUUUUUACUGUGUCAAAACACCGUCUUCCUUGGACUAAUGUAGUGAGAGUGACAUGAACAAAAUGGUUGAUUAAUGACCAAACCAGCACCUGAGUA